AGGACUUCAGCCCCCAUCCAUCUCCCUGUCGAUAUCCAGCUCCUCCCCUCAGCACUCCCUGAGCUCCUGAGAAUCCAGCAUCCGACACACAUUAACCAGCGCAACACAGGGCAGCGGCAGCUUCCCUCCAGCCUGCCACAGCGACGGACACAGCUCUGCUAAGACCACAUGGCCACUGCGGGAAAAGUUAUCAGGUGCAGAGCUGCUGUUGCCUGGGCUCCGGGAAAACCACUCUCUGUUGAGGAGGUGGAAGUUGCACCCCCAAAGGCAGGGGAAGUCCGGAUCAAGAUUGUGGCCACAGGCAUCUGUCACACAGAUGAACACAUUUUGACAGGUUCCUUUCCUAAUGUGGAAUUCCCAGUUAUCCCAGGCCACAAAGGAGCUGGGAUUGUGGAAAGCAUUGGAGAAGGAGUGACCUCUGUGAAACCAGGAGACAAAGUCAUCCCACUCUGCAUGCCUCAGUGUGGGAAAUGCAGCUUCUGCCUAAAUCCCGAAUCCAACUUCUGCCAGAAGUGCCAUAUCUCUGAACCACAAAACCUGCUGCCUGACAAGACCAGCCGCUUCUCUUGCAAAGGGAAGCAGAUCCACCACUUCAUGUGGGUCAGCACCUUUGCAGAAUACACCGUGGUCCCAGAGUACUCCGUUGCCAAGAUAGAUGCUGCAGCACCUCUGGACAAAGUCUGCUUGUUUGGCUGUGGAUUUUCCACAGGCUACGGGGCCGCCAUCAACACAGCCAAGGUAAAACCAGGCUCCACCUGUGCCGUCUUCGGCCUCGGAGGAGUUGGCCUCUCUGUUGUCAUGGGCUGCAAGGAGGCUGGAGCUUCCCGCAUCAUUGCCGUGGACAUCAACAAGGACAAGUUUGCCAAGGCCAAGGAGCUGGGAGCCACCGACUGCAUCAACCCUCGAGACUUCAAGAAGCCCAUCCAGGAGGUGCUCACUGAGAUGACCGGGCAUGGCGUGGACUAUUCCUUUGAGGUCACCGGGCAUGCGGACACCAUGAUUGCUGCCUUGGCUUCCUGCAAUAUGAGCACUGGUGUCUGUGUCAUGGUUGGGGUACUGAAUUCUGGUUCAGAGAUAUCCAUUGAUCCCAUGCUUCUGCUGACUGGGCGUACUUGGAAGGGGACUGUGCUGGGAGGCUGGAAGAUGAGAGAAUGCCUCCCCAAAUUAGUUUCCAGCUAUUUGGAGAAGAAAUUCAAUUCAGACUUGCUGAUCACACACACGCUGCCAUUCGCUAGCGUGAACGAGGGAUUUGAGUUGUUACGUGCAGGCAAAAGCAUCCGCAGUGUCCUGCUCUUCUGAAGGACACAGUUGUGGGAAGCUGAGCAGAGGGACCGGUGCAGCAGAUGCUCUCCUGGCCCAGGCCCUUCUCAACCAGCACCUCACCUUGUGGGGCACAAGGAGACAAGAAUGAGGAACUCACCUGUGCUGGUGCUGCUGCUGAUCCUCCUGUGCCUGGACAAGACCCAGAAGGAUGUCUCUCCCAAGAAAACACUUUCACUAAUAAAGGUUUUCCAUCAAACUCA